AUGAAAAUUAAAAGACAAAAAUAUCAACAAUACAGUGCUGAAAAUUUAAAUGAAGCAGUUCAUAAAGUGAAUGAAAACAUAUUGACCAUUUAUUCAGCUUCAAAAAUAUACGGAGUUCCGAGAUCAACUUUAAAAACGAAAUCAAAAACUAUCACAUUGUGCGGUGGAUCGAUAGUUGAUAUGAAAGUUGUUUUAACUGCAGGUCAUUGUCUUAAGAAUGCUAAUGGUGGUGUCAUCAUCAUUGGUACAAAUGAUUUGCUUUCUAAUGAGACAGAUGUUGUUCGUCAUUAUGUUGAUUCCUCAAGUUUUAAAGUUCACCCACAAUUUAACAUUCACGUUGCUUAUCUUGACGUUGCAUUAAUUAUCUUACCUGAACCUCUGAAAUUUUCAAAUGCUAUUCAAUCUGUUAAGUUGCCAUCUGGUUAUCUCUUGGAUGAAUCAUUUGCGGGUGAAAUUGGAACAGUUUCCGGUUAUGGUCAAUAUUGUGAUACAUGUGGAUCAUCAAAUCUGUUAAGAUUCACACAAAAUCGUGUGAUGCAAAAUAAAGAAUGUGGAAAAUCAUUUGAAAUUGGAUUAAUUCCUUCUGAAAAUCAUGUUUGUUUGUCAACAGUUGAAACUAAUUCUGGGAAUUGUCGUGGAGAUUCAGAAACUAAGUAA